CUCUCCCCGGGUCCCGGCUGGCAGUGUAUAUAACCGGGCAGGCGGGGGAGACCGGGGAUCGGCUGAGAGCGAGGGACAUCGGAGGAGAGCACAUCCCCCCCGGCACUUGGCGCAGUGCGAGAGUCUGUGAGAGCCUCUACAGGUUCAUCCCCACCCCUGAGAAAGAAGACAAGACCAUCGACCCAACCUCCUGCCCUACAUACCCCUGCCUCAAGUUCCGACCGACAACAGUAUCUCCUCUUCCACAGCUUAGCUGGGCUAACCAGGAUGAAGUGUGGCGCAACAUGUUGCAUAAAGACAGAAUCUAUCCACGGGAUAAAAACCUCUUCCAGAAGCAUCCCGAGCUACAGCAGAGCAUGAGGGCCAUCCUGCUGGACUGGCUGAUGGAGGUGUCUGAAGUCUAUAAACUACACCGGGAGUCUUUCUACCUGGCCCAAGACUUCUUCGAUCGCUUUAUGGCCAUCCAGGAGAAUGUGGUGAAAUCCAGCCUGCAGCUCAUCGGCAUCACUUCCUUAUUUAUCGCUGCCAAGCUGGAGGAGAUCUACCCCCCCAAGCUGCAUCAGUUUGCCUAUAUUACAGACGGGGCUUGUACUGAAGACGAGAUCAUCUGCAUGGAGCUGAUCAUCAUGAAGGCACUUAAAUGGUGUUUAUCUCCAAUGACGACGGUCUCGUGGCUGAACAUCUACCUACAAGUGGCUUAUAUCCGAGAGCUGCAGCACUUCCUCCUUCCACAAUACCCCCAGGAGACCUACAUACAGAUAGUGGAGCUGUUGGAUCUGUGCGUCUUGGACGUCGCCUGUCUGGAAUAUCCGUACAGCGUCCUCGCCGCAUCUGCACUCUACCACUUCUCCAACGCCGAUCUGGUGGAAAAAGUUUCUGGCUAUGAGUGGACGGAGUUGGAAGACUGCAUCAAAUACAUUGUGCCUUUCGCUACGGCAAUAAGGGAUUCUGGGAAACCGUCCACAAUGAAGAUCUUCCGAGGGGUGGACAUAGAGGACAUGCACAACAUCCAGGCGCACACAGACUGCUUACAACUUCUGGACAAGGCACAAGCGAAGCGGCAACAGAUGAAGGAAGAGAGCAGAAUCAUUCCAGUCCCCAGCGGAGUCCUGACCCCUCCACAGAGCGACAAGAAGCAGAGAACCCCGGACUCUGAAUAACUCUCCUAAUACAUUGGACUCUUAACGUGACAGGAGGUGCCUCCAGGGGGCGCUACAAGCUGGCAUGUUUGCUUUUAUGAACUUUUUUUUUUAUCGAACUGUGCCUGCCUGCCUCCUGUCAACGGCAAUGCAACUUAUUUUUAAUGGCCACAAGACCAAUUUUUUUUUUUUUUUUUUAAUGCUGCUACAGAAAAUGCUGCUCAAGGAAUGGGAUGGAUUGUGGUGAGGAAAGUAAAGCGUUGUGGGAGGGGCCUAGAGUUCUUCCAGGUGUACUUGUCGGUGUGCAAUCUUCUACUUUUUUUUUUUUUUUUUUUUUCUCCCUUUUUAAAUUUCCUAUAUACGCAAUCUGUCCCAAUUUUUAAAAAAACUAUUUCUAGAGAUGCUGCUAUCUUUUUAUUUUUUGUUUUUAAUAAAAAUAAAGAUGCCGUCUUCAAGAUGGCUGGAAUUCCUGA